GCCGUACGCUGGCGCGACGCAUGGGGGAGGCAGAUGCGGCAGUGGAGCGCCGCAUGGAAGCUUCCUUUCCUGUGGCCCCUGAGCAAGGUACCGGAGGAGUUCAUACAGCAGCAUGUGUCCAACGGCAACCCGCCCACGCUCUUCCUCCCUCUCACCGAGAUUGCUGAUCUGGCAGCUCGCAGUGCUGCCACGUGUCAGCGGCUGCCAAAUGGGUCGUUCGUGCCGAAGGAGGGGGUGGGGGAGGAAGUGGGGGCAGGAGGCGGGGAGGCGGAGGGGUGUGACAGGGUGUCAUUCCUGCAUGCAUGCUUGCCGCGCCUCAAGGCGUGGUUCCGCUGGUUCAACUCCUCGCAGGCCGGGAAGCUGCCUGGAAGCUACUACUGGCGGGGCCGUGAUGCCAACACUGUGCGCGAGCUCAACCCCAAGACGUUGCAGUCGGGGCUGGACGACUACCCGCGUGCCUCGCACCCGUCAGAGGACGAGCGCCACGUGGACCUGCGCUGCUGGCUCGCCACCGCUGCUGCCGCCAUCGCCAAGAUCGGCAGCGUGGUGGGGGAGGAUGUCCAGGAGUACGAGGCCACAGCCCAGCAGCUCACGGACUUCGCUCGCCUCAAUGAGCUGCACUGGGACGGCAGGAGGCAGCGCUACGCCGACUACGGCAACCACACUGACAAGGUGCGGUUGGAGGUGGUGGAGGAGGUGGACCCGGUGACGUACAGCGUGCGGCGGGAGCAGCGCCGCGUGGUCAAGGGCUCUCCCACACUGCGAUUCGUGCCACACUUUGGAUACGUCUCACUCUUCCCGCUGCUGCUGCGCUUGAUUCCGCCUCACGCGAGUGAGUUGGGGCAGCAGCUGGAGGCGCUGCGCGAGGAGAAGCUGCUGUGGACGCCCUUCGGCCUGCGCUCACUCGCCACCACCAGCACGCUGUACAUGCGGCGCAACACGGAGCAUGACCCACCGUACUGGCGGGGGCCCGUGUGGAUCAACAUCAACUACCUUGCUCUCUCCGCCCUGCGCUUCUACUCCACCCAGGCAGGGCCAAACAGUGCACGGGCAGCAGAGCUGUACCGGGAGCUGCGCUACAACCUCGUCAGGAACAUCGUGGAACGGUACGAGGAGAGUGGGUAUUUCUGGGAGCAGUACGACAACACAGCGGAUGGCAAAGGGAAGGGAGCACAUCCAUUCACCGGAUGGACUGCCUUGCUCGUCCUCAUUGCAUCCGAUGCUUUAUGA